AUGGUGGCCACCACUGUGGAAACUAUUCAUCAAUCUCAGGAUGGAACAUGUUGGUCUCAAGCGACCCGUGCACAUUCCAAUGGAAAUACUACAUACCUGGAAGAUAAGGUUCUGACUGCACCUCUGGAUUAUUUGCGAGAGUCACCAGGGAAAGAUAUCCGUGGCGGCUUAACGAAUGCAUUUAACCAGUUCCUUUGUGUCCCAGAGGAAAAGGUUUCCAUAAAACGUCAUCCAAGCUUUGCCACAAUGUGUCUGACAAGUUUCAGCAUUGAUGAUAUCCAAGACUCGUCCAAACUACGGCGGGGCGUCCCCGUUGCUCAUAGCAUCUUUGGCAUUGCGCAGACUAUAAACUCUGCCAACCUCGCUUACUUCAUGGCCCAAAAAGAGCUGGACCAGCUCACGAACCCUCGUGCAUAUGCCAUUUUCACCGAGGAGCUAGUCAACCUACACCGCGGCCAGGGCAUGGAGCUUCAUUGGAGAGACUCGCUCCACUGCCCAACCGAGGAUGAGUACAUGCGCAUGAUUCAAAAUAAAACCGGGGGCCUAUUUCGCCUAGCGAUCCGGUUGAUGCAGGGCGAAAGCUCCAGCAAACGUGAUUAUCUGCCGCUGGUUGAGACUCUCGGAACCCUGUUUCAGAUUCGGGACGACUAUCAAAACUUGCAAAGUGACGUCUAUUCAAAAAAUAAGGGUUACUGCGAAGACAUAUCCGAAGGCAAAUUCUCAUAUCCCAUCAUUCAUAGUAUUCGAUCGCGCCCAGGGGAUCUUCGACUGCUCAAUAUUUUAAAGCAGCGCAGCGAAGAUCCCAUGGUGAAGCAGUACGCGGUUGAAUACAUAGAGUCUACAGGAAGUUUUACCUACUCUCGACAAAAGAUUGAGUCUUUGCUUCAGCAGGCCAAGGCACAAUUGACAGAUCUUGAAGAUGGUACUAACCGUGGAGAGAAGAUGCGAGCAAUCCUGAAGAUGUUGGAGUUGAAGUAA